GCAUUUGGCUGCAGGCAGGUUGUGAGGGCGCUUUCUGCAGCAGCAUGCAUGCAUGUCCAUGAACGUCAUUUGAUUUUAAUGGCCUGCAGGAAAUUUGGCGUUACAACUCCAGACAUUAAGGCAGGAGAGGGAGAGAGGAGGAAGGAGUGAAUGGGGGAAGAGAAGGGACACUGAAAGAUAUUGGCUCAAGGAUAUCACUUCAUUUUUACAUUUUUUAACCUGAGACUUUAUCAACAAGUUAUAUGCUGUCUGAGUGAAGGACUAUGGCUGCUUGCGUGGUUUAAAACUUUCCAUUCAGACUGGAGAUGGAACUGUAUUCCUUUUAGCUGGACUGCCUGAGGACCUAUUACAUCAGACGAAAUGACAAUGAUUAAAAUCUGCUAAAUCUAAAUCUGAAUCUGACACUUCACUGUUUGGAUUCCUGCCCCCACUCUAAAUCUCAACUUCACGCCGCUCCACUUUUUCCGUCAACAAAAAAAAAGAGAGUUUUUCUAUCUGUGAAGUCAUAAUUUGAGGAAUAGUGGGGUAUCACGUUCUCUUCCUUGAGAAAAUUGCCCAGGCGAGAGAGUGGAGUUGAGCUAAUUGUAGCCUAAUCCCCGGCCCAGAGGCGCUCGGGCAGCCCGGAGCGAGAAUUUUCUUUUUUAGCUCCGCUCUGUUAUUUAGAGAAGGAUUAUUGGCUUUCUUUCCUCUCAUAACAAACCACAGGGGCAGUUUUCAUUUAGGCAAAGAAAAAAGACAGACAAGAGACAGGAAAAGGAAGAAAAAAAAACCGGGAGCAGGAUUCGAACAAGAGCGCACAUUUUUUACGCGUAUCCGAAUAAGAGCGGAGAAGGGGGGAAGGAGAUCAUCUCAUCUAUGUUCAAGGAGGGAAGAAGCAUGUCACGGCUGUCUCUGACCCGGUCCCCGGUCUCUCCCCUGGCCGCUCAGGGGAUCCCUCUGCCGGCUCAGCUGACCAAGGCGAACGCCCCCGUGCACAUCGACGUCGGAGGACACAUGUACACCAGCAGCCUUGCGACCCUCACCAAGUACCCAGACUCCAGAAUCAGUCGCCUGUUCAAUGGCACCGAGCCCAUCGUGUUGGACAGCUUGAAGCAGCACUACUUCAUAGAUCGGGACGGCGAGAUAUUCCGCUAUAUUCUCAGUUUUCUGAGGACCAGCAAACUGCUGCUUCCAGAGGAUUUCAAGGACUUCCACCUGCUGUACGAGGAGGCCCGUUACUACCAGCUGACGCCCAUGAUCAAGGAGCUGGAGCGCUGGAAGCAGGAGCGCGAACAGCGGCGGAUGGCACAGCCCUGCGACUGCCUCGUGGUCCGGGUCACGCCCGACCUCGGUGAGAGGAUCGCCCUGAGUGGGGAGAAGGUCCUCAUAGAGGAGAUCUUCCCUGAGACCGGAGACGUUAUGUGUAACUCAGUCAACGCCGGCUGGAACCAGGACCCAACGCACGUUAUCCGCUUUCCUCUCAACGGCUACUGCAGGCUCAACUCCGUGCAGGUUCUGGAGCGUCUUUUCCAGAAGGGCUUCAGCGUGGCGGCAUCAUGCGGAGGCGGAGUGGACUCGUCCCAGUUCAGCGAGUACGUGUUGUGUCGUGAGGACCGGCGGAGCCUCUCAAUCAACACUCCUAUCAGGAUAAAACAGGAACCCCUGGACUAGAGUUUUUUUUUUUUUCGGAGGUGGAGAAGGACUGGCAACAAACCCUCUCCUCCUCCUCGUCCUCCAUCUUUUCACACCGCCCCAUUUCACCUCUACCUUCCCCCUCUCUGCCCCAGAUGGACCACAGCCUCCGCUCCAAGAACAUAACUAAGUAUUAGCAGAGGCUUUUAACCUCACUGACUCUGCUGAACUCCAUGGGGAAUGUAGGACCAAACAGAGGAGAAAAGCAUCAGCGGCAAAAAGUUUUUCAUUCUGUUUGAAAAAUACCCAAAGAAUCUGUUGGACCGUCGGGUGCUUCGGCAUCUCACAGCUCUCUGUUUUUAGCGCAGAUUUACCGACUGAUUUUCCCACAGCUACUUUAAGAAAACAAUGUACAGCAAUCUGCACCACCUCUGUCAUCCAGUCCUGUUUCUGUGGGACCAGCAUUCGCUCUGACUGGUGACACAAGGAGCCCACUGUGGCCCAGGGAAGCUUUAGCAGGCAGGAUGUUUUUAAGGAUGACAAGAUCAGGACAUCAUAUAAAUUUGUGAGGCCCUAAACCCCUGUGACCCUGUCAAACCUCAGCGGACUCAGCAUUGUUUGCUAAAAUGUUUCUGUUUUCCUCGCCCGCUUUGCUGUUUUUUAUCAUCACAUGGUGUAAACAAUUAUUAUUAAUAGGAUUAUUUUUAAUGUCUCCCUCUCCCCACCCCCCUUUCUCCAAAAUGAAGGAUGUACGAACAUUGUAUUCAUUAGGCUUCGAGAGCUUGCGAGGGAGCGUUUCUUGGCAAUGGCUGCAGCAACUCAGAUGUCUGCAGGCUAUGUGGCAAAAGCAAUCUGACUGGCAAUGAAAUCGGAGCCAGAAAAAGUCCCAUUGUUCGAGCAGAAAUGGAAGAAAACCUCGAUGUUUCCACAUUGUUUAUAGUCAAAUGGGUUGUGCACAUAAAAAAGAAGGCUGCUCUAAAAUUUCUGCUUAUUUGCUAUAAAAUAGACUGCACCAUGAAAACAUCUUUACCCCCCUUUUUUUUUGUAAAAUUUACUGCUUCAGAUAAUUAAAGAACUUUUAAUAUCAGACAAAAAUACCAUUGGUAAAUGCAAAAUAUAGUUUUUAAAUGAUGAUUUCUUUUAUUAGGAGAGAAAAGCAACCUAAAACAACCAUUUAACUGGGAUUAACCACAUUUUGGUUUUGUUUUACUAGCUACAUCUAGCCUUGAUUACAGCCAGACCUGUAGAAUCAAGAGAACCUGUCCAACAAUAUGAAGAAAGCUGAAAGAGUUUAUAAAAGCAACACAUCACGCCCCGAUUAAAAGAAAUUCAAGAACAAAUGAGAAACAAAGUCAUUCACAUGUGUCACUCUGGGAAGGGCUACAAAGCCACUUGAAAGGUUUCUAUGACUCAAGCAAACCAUGAAAUUCAUCCUGAGAAAUCAAGUUCAAUGGGAGAAAUCCGAGGUGGAGCAUUGAAGUGAGAUGAGAAUCAAAUGGAGCUAUGUGGGAAGGCUAGGAAAGAUUCAAAUCAUUGCAGGCCUCACUUAAACCAGUCAAAAUGAAAAUUCCUGAUUCAACGAUAAUAAAGAGUCUGGCUAAAAAAGAAACAAAACUGUUGGGAUAAUUACCUACUCACUCAAAACAAGGUUGUUUUUGAUCAUUUUCUAUCCCUCAAUUAUUAUAAUAAUUUUAAAAACAGAUUUUUGCAUUUAGCAUUAUCUUUGUCUAAUGUUAAAAUUACUUUGCUGAUCUGAAGCAUUUAAGUAUGACCAAAAAAAUUAAAAAGAGAAGAAAUCUGGAGGAAUGUCUGAUCAAACUGUCUCCUUUUCAGCACAAGUUUUAGAGCUGACAUUUAGCGUGUCUCGGAAUCAGCAGGAGAUGUAGUUUAAAUGCUUAAUGUUUGUUUGCACUUGACGAAGUUUACCACAGACCUGCCCGGUCCCACUCUUUCCGAGGAAUCAUUACCGCCCAGCAAACAACAAGUCAAGCUGUUUUACAUUUAGGUGUACGUUGGGAUUAAAGUACUGAAAAACAUGGAGGAAAAUUAGGCAUCCAACAGAACAAACUGUGCCAGUUUGGUGAUUGUACAAAGAUCAAGAUGUUCUUUGAGCCGCGCUGCAUUAUUUAAAACCGUAUGAAGGAUGCAAACAUUUGAUCCUCCAAGUCCUGACAGUUCUGUUUGAAUAUUGUCACUUCUGAGUCCAGAUUACUUCAGAGGUUGUUCACACAUUACAUAUGGCAGAACCUAAAGUUGAACUGCUCUCCCAACAUCAAUCUGUUGUUCACAAAGAGGCGAGUGGGCGGCCUUUUAGUCGCUCCUUCUCUUCUUCUCUUGCUCUUACACUCAGCAUGUCUUCGAUCAAAGACAAGCAAGAAAGUUUUUACGCUUUUUAUUUGUGCAUAACUUAACUAUGCUGUUUCUUCCAUUCCAAAAGCCGGAGUUGAAACAAAAAAAAAAGCAGCUUAACUCUGAUCUUUGUUGGUGCUGGCAGUUACUUGAUUUAAACUGGGUUUGUUUCUUUAGUUUUUCAUUAAACUUGGGUUCUGCAGUCUGAACAGGAGCAGAGAGUGGAUGAAGUUUCUCACAAAGCAACCCGUCUUUGUUCUGAUUUUCUCCUUUUGGAUCCAGUUGCCUCAAAGGGAAUGGUCAACCAUGCUGUGUUUUUCAUGUGGAGAGGCAUGUCGGGCUCUCUCGCGGAGCUCCCCCGGCCCCUUCCUGCCUCCCCGUUUACAGAACGCCCUCCUACGCCGGACCACACCGCAACAAACCAAACAAACUGAUGAGUCAAAACACAAGCAGGCUCACAACAUGCAAGGCAACUCGACUCUGCAGCUGACCUCAACUUACUUUGGUUGUUUUUACCGCUGAAGGUAAAACCAAUUUGUGCUUCAGUAAUGUAAGACUUAAGGCACCUCAUAUUACCUUUUAGGAGCUGAAAUUUGCGACUUUGAAAAAGAAAGAUGCUCCCUUUUAGAUAUCUCGACGCAUUUGGAACAACUGGAAAUUUUUAGAACAUCUUCCCUGUUGUCGGCCCUGUUCAGAUGAAGCACUCGUCAGUAUUCACUGCUCCUCCAAGGCGGCUCAGUUUGUACAGUUAAUGUGUACUGAAUUAUCAGGACUCGUAGGCCUUAUGGGACCUUCAUGCUUUUGAGAGAUCUCAAAGCCACUUCACAGUAAAGAGUUAAAAGAAAAGUCAGAACAUUACAUUGUGUACAUAUGGAUAAAAAAAAUAAAAACAUUUCAAAGCGUAUAAUAAGGUGCAAAUGUAUAUUAUUUAAAGUGUUUAAAACAAUUAGACUGUGGUAUUAAAGGGCAUGUGUUCAUUUACAGUGUCUCCAUUUGACUUUUCUUGCAUAUUUGCGAUAAUAAAAGGAUGUACUGUAUAAAUUAA